GCCGCCCGGCGCCGCCGCCCACCCCGCCUUUUUCGAGGCUAACACGGUCUCAUGGGGGAGCCUGAGCUCUCUAGAGGCGGAAAUCUGGCCUCUGGCCCUACCUGUACCUCGGCCUCUCACUUUCCGCCUCCCGGCCCCGGUUCUUUCAGCUCUAAGAUGGAGGACGGCGGUAUCUGCCCUAUGCACAACGCAGGGUGAUUGCAGGGUUGACACGGCCUGUCUGAAAACGAAGGAGCUCUGGUUCUCAACCCGGCAGCCAGUAGAAUCGUUUGGGAAGCCUCCAAAUGCUGAUGCCCCAUCAUCACCGGGGAAUUGUGAUCUGUGGCCAGGACCGAGAUCCACGGGCCCAGAGUGAAAUGACAGUACUGUGAUCACGACUGGAAUAUGCACUUCGCCGAAUGUGGAUCACAGUCUUGAGAAAGCAAGCAGCUGGGUUUUUGUUUUUGUUUUUUGUCCAAGAAGACAGGGACCUAAUCUGGUUUGCUCGCAUUUAAUUCCUAGUGCCUAGAAUGGUGCAUGUCCCAAAACAUGCACCAUUGAUGAAAUAAUUUCUAAUUAUUUCCCGACCUGUUUGGAGGGUUUUCAUUACAUUUGUUUUAAAUUAUUAUGGAAACCUUCAAGUCAUAUAUGAAAAUUGAAUAGUAUACUGAACUUCCAAUUCAUGAUCAAUCCUGUUUCAUCUGUUACCCUCUCCCCCACUGUAGUAUUUGAAAGCAAAUCUGAAAUGUAACAUUCCAUCUGUUAUCUUGUUCAUGUUUAUAAAACACAAUGACACCUUUUAAAACAUAAAGCCGUUAUCAGUGUGAUUAGCACCUCAUUUUACCCUCUACUAUCCAGUCAGCAUUUACAUUUUCGUAGUUGUCUUUCUCCUCUUCCCCGGUUUGUCCAAAUCAGUAUCCAAACAAACUACACACGUUCCAUUUGGUUGAUGUCUGUUAGAUCUCUCUUAAUCUUUUCCCCUCUGUGUCUAUUUUGUUCCCCGUAUUUUACUUGAAGAACAAGUCAUUUGUACGGUUCACGUUUUCUACAUCCAGGAUUUUGCUUUUUCCAUCUCCUUUAAUAAGCAGAUAUUUAGACCUGCGGCCUUGUUCAGGUCAGGUUCUAUUUUUUGGCAAGCGAGCUUAAUGGGGGAUUACUGUGUUUUUCACAUUGUAUCACGCCAGGAGCUAGAGAGCAUCUUGCCUCUUUGUGGACCUUUUAGCAUCAUAGGGUAACAGUUGACCAGGGAAUGCCAGCAAAUACAUACAAAAGAAAUGAGACACUAUCACCUUUUGGCAACCUCUAAUGAAAUAAUGGAUUCUGGCAAUGAUCACUAGUGGCUGUUAACAUCAGAAAGAGAGACAGCUAGACAAUGCGUGCUGCCUAAUGGGGUGCUUCCAUCAGACAGCACAGGGUGGAAGAUGUCUAUGGAUGUGACAUUUCUGGGGACGGGUGCAGCAUAUCCAUCUCCAACCCGGGGUGCCUCUGCUGUGGUCCUUCGGUGUGAAGGCGAGUGCUGGCUCUUUGACUGUGGGGAGGGAACACAGACACAGCUUAUGAAAAGCCAACUUAAAGCAGGGAGAAUUACCAAGAUCUUCAUCACACAUCUUCAUGGAGACCAUUUCUUUGGCCUUCCUGGGCUCCUCUGCACAAUCAGCCUGCAGAGUGGCUCCAUGGUGUCCAAACAGCCUAUUGAAAUCUAUGGCCCUGUAGGGCUUCGGGACUUUAUCUGGCGAACCAUGGAACUCUCUCACACGGAGCUGGUCUUCCGUUAUGUGGUUCAUGAACUGGUUCCUACAGCGGAUCAAUGUCCUGCAGAAGAAUUAAAAGAAUUUGCACAUGUGAAUAGAGCAGGCAGUCCUCCCAAAGAGGAACAAGGAAGAACUAUCCUAUUAGACUCAGAAGAAAACUCGUACCUUCUGUUUGAUGAUGAACAGUUUGUUGUAAAAGCAUUUCGCCUCUUUCACAGAAUUCCCUCAUUUGGGUUUUCAGUCGUGGAAAAGAAACGCCCAGGUAAACUCAAUGCACAGAAACUAAAAGACCUUGGUGUUCCACCAGGUCCUGCCUAUGGGAAGCUGAAAAAUGGAAUUUCUGUUGUUCUGGAAAAUGGAGUUACAAUUUCUCCCCAAGAUGUCUUAAAAAAGCCUAUUGUUGGAAGAAAAAUCUGCAUAUUGGGUGACUGCUCUGGGGUUGUGGGUGAUGGAGGAGUAAAGCUGUGUUUUGAAGCAGACCUGUUGAUCCACGAAGCGACCCUGGAUGAUGCCCAGAUGGACAAAGCAAAGGAGCACGGCCACAGCACACCACAGAUGGCAGCCACAUUUGCAAAGUUGUGCCGUGCAAAGAGGCUGGUUCUGACUCACUUCAGUCAGAGGUACAAACCAGUUGCCUUGGCCAGAGAAGGAGAAACAGAUGGCAUUGCAGAACUAAAAAAGCAAGCUGAAUCAGUGUUAGAUCUCCAAGAAGUGACUCUAGCAGAAGAUUUUAUGGUGAUAAGCAUUCCAAUCAAGAAAUGAAACCAGUGUUCCUGGGUGCAUACUGACAUGUCUGUGAAUAUGUUACUGAACCUACGGUCCAGUUUUUUAUUUCUUGUUUUAGUCUGAGAUUAUUUGGGCCUUAAUAAUCCUAAAAAGAAUGGAGCUGCAUUGAUGAAUUGGCUCAGUAUUUAAAGGGAGCAAGCUUUUUGAUAGUAAAUCUUUUUAAGAGAAAAAAACCCCCAGCAUCCUUUUUAAAGUCCAGAUUUGACAAAAUGAUAGACUAUUCAGGUAUACGUCUCAUUUUGUGCUGCUACCACAGAUAGCCAAUAUUCCAUGCAGUCCUGGCUUUAGCUUCUGCCCAGCUUUAUUGCUGCUAUUGGCAAAGAGCACAGGACUCAGCCCUCGUGGCUACAAAUGGUAUUUUGGCAGUUUGUAUUGAAUCUGUUUGUGUUAUUAACAGAAUAAGGAGAAAUGUCAUGAAACGCUGGAUACGCAGGAUUGACGAUAGCAUGACCAUAGCUUUGCUGGAAUACUGAAUGCAGGGUUUGGCUAGGUGUUUAUUUUCACAUUUUAUUGAACUUUCUGUUUGACUCUUAACCCAUAGUUCUCAGCUUGGGUGACACUGCUCCUCUGGAAGCAGGUUUGAAAUUAUGGGGAUGUUUUCUUGUCACAGUGACUGAGUAUGGUGGGGGUGGGUGGUGGUGGUGGUGGUGGUGGUGGUGGUAGUGGUGGUAAUGGUGGUACUACUGCUACUGGUAUUUAGUCAGCAGGGAUCAGGGAUGCUAGAUGUCCUGCAAAGUUUUGGUCAGUAAUGUACAAUAAAGAAUCAUCUCACCCCGAAAUGCAAAUUGCAGACCCAUUGAGAUACGCAGCAAGUUAAAGUUUAUACUCUUGAUGUGAAUAUAGUUUACCAAAAUUAGUGACAUAAUGAGUCAAAUUACUAGGUAAGUCAAAUCCAAAAGAGUGAAUAUGUUAGAAUUGCAAUGUCAUACCAAAUAACAUUCAAAAGAAAUGAGCCAUCAAGUGAAGCUUAUGAACCUGGAGGUAAAAAAUGCUUGUCUAUUAAACUAAGGUUUCAUUUAUGUGUCCCUAUUAAUAAACAUUAUUUGCCCAACAAUGUUUCUUAAAACAUG